AGUCUUGCUCCGGUGUACCGGCUCCUCCCCUCCAGUCUUGCUCCGGUGUACCGGCUCCUCCCCUCCAGUCUUGCUCCGGUGUACCGGCUCCUCCCCUCCAGUCUUGCACAGGGUGUACCGGCUCCUCCCCUCCAGUCUUGCUCCGGUGUACCGGCUCCUCCCCUCCAGUCUUGCUCCGGUGUACCGGCUCCUCCCCUCCAGUCUUGCACAGGUGUACCGGCUCCUCCCCUCCAGUCUUGCACAGGUGUACCGGCUCCUCCCCUCCAGUCUUGCUCAGGUGAAUUGGCUCCUCCACUCCAGUCUUGCACAGGUGUACCGGCUCCUCCCCUCCAGUCUUGCACAGGUGAAUUGGCUCCUCCCCUCCAGUCUUGCACAGGUGUA